CCAGAUUUCAUUGGCCAUUCAGCCAGCCCGAUGAUGUCACUGAUGAUGGAGGUGAGGGAUCCCUUUGACCUCUCUGCUCCUAGCAACCAACACUGGAGGAAGGAGAAGUUCACUCUGCAGUAAUUGCCUGGUCUUUGAGGGCAGUUUUCUUUCUGGGUGGGGGGGUGGAGGUCAAAGCUGCUGAGAAUUCAUCCUGCCAAUUAGUGACUGCAAGAGGCGUGGUGGAAUGGAAACAGUCUGCUCCCAGCGGAGUACCGAGCCCUUACCCUCCUCGAGCACAGAGCAACGAUGUCAUCCACACAGUGGGACCGAUCGUACGGGGGAAAGAAAGGCUUCCCGAAAAGGUCCUGCAAAGCUGCUACGAAACCAGCCUGAUGCUCGCCCGCGAAAAUAACCUGCGAACCAUAGCUUUCCCCUGUGUGUCAACUGGAAUUUACGGUUAUCCCAACGGACAAGCUGCAGAAACCGUCUUAAAGACUGUCAGACGUUAUCUGGAAGAACACAGGGACUCCUUUGACCGCAUCAUCUUCUGUGUCUACUUGAAGAUCGACUACACUCUGUACAAAGAGAAGCUGCCAUUUUACUUCCCGUUUGAGUCUGUUUCUCCUGGGUCUUCAAAGGAAAAGUCCAAGACUGCUGAGGAAGACAAGGAGCAGUCUAAGGACAAGUUGAAUCUUGGGGACAAACAAGAGACCGUUUCUCCUGGGUCUUCAAAGGAAAAGCCCAAGACUGCUGAGGAAGAGGAGAAGCAGUCCAAGAACAUGUUGGAUCUUGGGGACAACCAAGGUGCCAAGACUCCGAGCCAGCUUUAGGAACAGCGUCAGCGAAGGACGAAGCUGGAACUGAGGACGCAGCGCGAGAUAGGUUCCUCUUGGCCUCCAUUUUAAUUCCUCUCUACUGAUUUCUGAUUUAGAGCGGAAGAUUUACACUGCAUGAAAAUUAUAUCAGCGGUAGAUUUUGCAUUAUGAAGCACGCUCACUGAUAGCAGGAACUGUCUAAAAGGGUGAUUACAAUGAUUUUUUUAAAUCUCUGUGUUACUCCCUGGUGUCUUUCCGGGUGUGCAUUUGACUUUUCUGUCCGGUUACAUUUCUUCAGCUCCAAAGAUUCAAAAAGUACCUUUAUUAUCAAUGUAGGCAGCAUACAACCCUGAGAUUUGUCUUCCCCACAGACAGCCUCGAAGCAAAGGAACACCGCAGAACUCGUUCAAAAUAAAAAUCAAACACCAAACCGGCAAAAAGAAAAGAACAAAUCACACAAGUGGCAAAAACAAUCAAAAAGUUUUGUUUGACCGGUCAGGGCUGUUGGCCCUGAGCUGAACCCCUGAUCCUGGAGGACCGGUGGACCACUCUUAGUCUGACCUCUACCCUUUGACCCUGUUUGGGUGACCCUACCAAGGCCCUGACUCCAGCCAAAGUAGCUCUCCGGGUCAUUGAGGAAGGCAAGCUUCCAAACCCAACGACAAGGUUUGGUCCUCUUGGAGGCUGGGGUUCAAAGUUCAAAGGUAAAUUUAUUAACACAGGACGUAUCGUCACCAUACAUUGCCCUGAGAUGCAUUUUCUUGGACACCUUUAAAAAUAGGCUGCCCUCCCACAUUCGAUGGCACGCAGACUGUCACUUGCCCCCCUGUAGAUUACCUCCAGAUCACCUGGAAGUCGGCGUGGAGUUGAAGAAGUGUGGCAGGAAGUCUCCAGGGAGUAACACACGCAGAAUGCUGGAGGAACUCAGCAGGCCAGGCAGCAUCUAUGGAA